AUGUCUCUGGUUGAGGAAACAGAUGAAAAGAAAAUCAACAUGGCUCACUUGAGUAUUGUUGGAUCUCAUGCCAUCAAUGGUGUUGCUGCCAUCCACUCUGAGAUCAUCAAGAAUACAACUUUCAGAGAUUUCUUUGAAAUGUACAGUGACCGUUUCCAAAACAAGACAAAUGGCAUCACACCCCGUCGUUGGUUACUUCUCUGUAAUCCUGGUCUGUCUGAUGUCAUCACUGAUAAAAUUGGAGAGGAUUGGGUGACUGACCUUUACAAGCUGAAGGAAUUGAAAAACUUCAUCACUGAUGAAAAUUUCCUCAGAGAUGUUAUGAAAGUGAAACAUGAGAACAAGAUGAAGUUGGCUGCUUACUUGCAGAAGACUCAAAAUAUCAAGAUCAAUUGUUCAUCAAUUUUUGAUAUCCAAGUGAAGAGAAUCCAUGAGUACAAAAGGCAACUCUUAAAUAUACUUCACAUAAUUUACAUGUACAACAAGAUUAAGAAGAAUCCAAAUGCACCAUGUGUUGCCAGAACUGUCAUGAUUGGUGGGAAAGCUGCACCUGGUUACCACAUGGCCAAGCUGAUUAUCAAACUCAUUACUGCUGUGGGUAACAUUGUCAACAAUGAUCCCAUCAUUGGAGACCGGCUGAAAGUGGUUUUCCUGGAAAAUUACAGGGUUUCUCUGGCUGAAAGAAUUAUGCCUGGUGCUGACCUCAGUGAACAAAUCUCCACUGCUGGUACAGAGGCUUCUGGUACUGGCAAUAUGAAAUUCCAACUGAAUGGUGCCCUCACAAUUGGAACACUUGAUGGUGCCAAUGUGGAGAUGUGUGAAGAAAUGGGACCAGAGAACAUUUUCAUUUUUGGUAUGACUGUUGAAGAAGUAGAGGAACUCAAGAAGAAAGGCUACAACCCUCAUACUUACAUUGAAAAAUGCCCUGAUCUGAAGCAGAUCCUGGAACAACUCCGUAACAACUAUUUCUGUCCCCAUGAGCCUGGUCUUUUCAAUGAUAUUUAUAACACCUUAACUCAUCAUGACACCUACAUGUUGUGUGCUGACUUUGACAGCUAUAUAAAAUGCCAAGCCAAGGUUGAUGAACUCUUCAAGAACCCUGCUGAAUGGGCAAAGAAGGCGGUUUACAAUAUCGCUGCCUCUGGCAAGUUUUCCAGUGAUCGUACAAUUGCUCAGUAUGCCCGUGAAAUCUGGGGGGUAGAGCCCUCUGACUUGAAACUCCCCCCACCUGCUGAAGCUCCCUCAGAGUAA